AUGAUUCCUCACAGGAGUACUGCGCUUCUCACAAUCAUCGUUUUUAUCGCGCUUCUUUUGGUGAUAUUCUCAGCAUCUCCGCGUCCAGACUCUUCAUCUGAAGUCACCGGCCCAGCCAGAUAUGUACCCCGACCGAAGUUGCCUUCGUUGAGCGAUCUUCAUCUACCUUCAUUUCACCCAACGGUUCAUACGCCGCCCGAACCACAACCAAACAGUACUAGCGGCGAGUCGAAGUGGUUUAGCAAUUGGGCUUGGAUUAACCCAUUCUCAUCUUCCAUAACCCUCGACGAGAACCGCUCAGUACUGCCUCCUUUACGAGACCGACCGUUUAUAUACACAUACUACGAACCAACCAAGGGCGAUGAUGAAAAGGAUACGCAACAAGCCGAUGCUCAGAUUCUUCUUGCAUGGCGCAGAGCUUGGUUUGCGCAAGGAUUCCGGCCUGUUAUUCUGGGUCGCGCAGAGGCUAUGAAUAAUGAUCUUUAUUCGCUGAUGCAACCCAUGAAACUUACCCCUAAACUUGAGAAUGAGCUGUUCCGCUGGCUCGCCUGGGGCCAUAUGGGGGAUGGCUUACUUGCAGAUUGGCACUGCUUUCCGAUGGCGCGUUACGAUGAUGACCUCCUGUCUUCUUUGCGACGCGGUACCGAUCCGGCUGUGAUUACCCGGUUUGACCGCAUUGAUAGCGCUCUGUUUGCGGGAGAGAAAACACGGAUCAAUAAUGCGAUCAAGGAAGCAGUCAAGAAAGCCUCUGAGACUUCGAACUCUAUGUUAGAUCUGGUUCCUCCAGAGUUCUUCAGAAUCGAGUCACCACCGACUUCUCUAGCUUUCUAUGACUCUGCUACUAUCCAUUCCGACUACCCGACACUUUCAGAGAAAUCAUCAUCAACAGCGGGCCGACUCGCGUUGGCAGAGCUCAUCAAUGCGCAUUUACAUAAUACUUUCCAGAACGCAUUCCCAGCCGGCAUAGCUGUCUUAAAGCCAUUUACUGAACAUACUACUGCUUUGGUAGAGCCAGCCUUGCGGCUCGCCAAAGCCCUCGUUCAAUGCCCUAAAUCCCCUGUGCCAUCAUCUUGUCCUCCAAACCAGCCGAAGUGCCAUCCCUGCGAUGCAGGAAAGCCGAUGCAGGUUAGCCAGCCGGCUACCUACCGAAACACGACUCGAGUGUUCACCAUAGGGACUCUUCCCCAUCCAUACACUCUUAUUAGUUUGCAGCAGGAUUCGGCGGAAGUUACCACCCGGCACAUCCGUCGCGAGACGGAGCGUGACCCAUGGCUGACAGAAGUCACUAAGGAACAGUUGGGCGUUGACAUUGGUGGAUCAUCACGCGCCGUGGUCUUCAAAAAGGCCGUCGCCGAUGACGCCAUGGUCGGUACUUCCUUGUGGAUGACAGUCGAGUCCUUGCCUUCCGAGGCCGGCCAGUCCCUCCCAUCUGACCUUUUAGACGAAUUCGAAUGGCAAUUUGGAUUCCAGAUUCCUCGGGAGGAUAAUAAUGUGGACUCUAAGAACGAAGGUGACAUCAAGGAGUCCGUGCAGAAUGCCAACCCUAGCCGACAAGGCGUCGCAAAGGAGUACGACAUCCUAAAACAGGCCAGGGAAGUCUUGAAGAGCAAGGAGACCAAUCGGAUUGGCAUCAAAGAUGUGGCAGAAGCCUGGAACCUGGCAGACACGGAAGUAUGGCGAUUUGUGAGAGCGUACCGGGCCCGAAGUGUUGUGGAACGUAAGAAGUGGCAGGAGGACGAGAAAGACUUCGUUGGCGCUAAACUAAAGGACUAA